AUGAAGAUCACCACGCCUGGCCUUGUGCCAGUUUACACGGUCUCGGGCGCAUCCACAGGCAGGCCGCUGCCAGACUGGCUUGCCCGCAGAAGGAAGAGGAGUCUGAAAUAUGACCCCGAAUAUUCAAGUCGAGUCGAACUGCUCCAGGACUUCGAGUUCGAGGAGGCCAGUGUCUGCGUGAGGGUCUCCGAGGAUGGCCAGUGGAUCAUGAGCACGGGCACAUACAAACCGCAAAUACACACCCACGACCUCAGCCAGCUCUCCCUCAGUUGGGACAGACACACCUCGGCCCUCAACCAAUCUUUCGUCCUCCUGAGCCAAGAUGCCUCCAAGUCGCUUCACCUCCAGUCCGAUCGCAAGCUCGAGUUCCAUACCUUGGCUGGAUGUCAUCACGAAAUAAGGUUGCCACGGUACGGCCGAGAUCUUGUUUACGACCGCAACUCGUCCGAGGCCCUCGUCGCAGCCACAGGACUGGGAUCAAAUGGAACAGGAGAAGUCUUCCGUAUGAAUCUUGUCGAAGGCAGGUUCAUGAAGUCUUACGAGAUUGAUGUUGGUGGUGACGACGGGAUCGAGUCCGGCUUGCAGGGCAGUAUUGAGGCUGGUUGCGUCAGUUCGGCCGCCGUCGCCGAAAAUACCCACAACUUGCUGGCUUUCGGCACAUCCAAGGGCUCAGUGGAAAUGAUCGACCCACGGGUCAGGUCUAAGGUAGCUGUUCUCGAAGGUCUGGAGGGACAGGUGACAGCCUUGGACUUCAACACUUAUUCCGGACUUUCUCUGUCCAUAGGCACGAGCCAGGGCAUAUGCUCCGUUUUUGACCUACGAAGGCCAGUCCCUCUUCUUCGAAAAGACCAAGGCUUUGGUUACGCUAUCCAAAACAUUCUACAUCUCAAAACAGCAUCCCAGGAGAGGAAGAUCUUGACAUCAGACAAGAAAAUCAUCAAAAUUUGGGACGAGACGAGUGGCGAAGCCUGGACGCAUAUAGAGCCCACUACCGAUUUGAACUGCGUUCAGUGGGUCAAGGAUACAGGCACACUUGUGACUGCCAACGAAGGCAAGCAGCAGCACGUGUUCCACAUUCCAUCCCUGGGUUCAGCACCAAAGUGGUGUGGAUUCCUGGACAAUAUGGUGGAGGAAAUGACCGAGGAAGCCCGCACAGAGACAUACGACAACUACAAGUUCUUGACCCUACCGGAGUUGAAGGCACUCAGCCUGGAUCAUCUUGUUGGAACCCCUACGCUCCGCCCGUACAUGCACGGUUACUUUGUCGACACGAAACUGUACGAGCAAGCGCACCUGGUCGCGAACCCGUUCGUGCUCGAGGAGGAACGUCAAAAGAGGAUCCAACAGAAGGUGGAGAAGGAGCGUGCAAGCAGGAUUCGGGGCACCAAGAAAGUCAAGGUCAACCAGAAACUCGCCGACAAGAUCCUUGCGCGGCAAGAAAAGAGAGAAACCGUGGAUACCAAUGCAGGCGUCCUUGGGGACGAGCGUUUCGGCAAGCUCUUCGACGACGAAGACUUUGCUGUCGACGAGACGAGCAGGGAGUUCAAGAUGCUCAACCCUAGCACAACGGCCGGCGCGCAAGCAGGCGCAAACGGUGCUCGAAGGCAACGUGUCGAUUCUGAAGAAGAGUCGGACGAGGACACUGGAAGUGAACAGCACAGUGAACCGAUCCAACAACAAUCACAAGGUGUCUCCAUGCGAGUCUCAUCAUCCGGCCAGGCUGGUAGAAGUAAGGAUGUCGCUCUCGGCUCACGCGUGCAGAAGAAUGGCCGCGUGGGCAAGAUUUCGCAGGGUGAUGCAGUGGGCGAGAGAUCAAUUACUUUCGUGCCAGAAUCCAAGAAAAAGCAGAAGCCCGAGCAGCCUGCCUCUGACAACAAACGCUCAGCGCAAAGACGGAGUGCCAGCACGAAUACCUUCAGGAAACUAUAA